AUGAAUGGUGACCUUGGAUAUACACAUGAUGAUGAUGUAGUGCCGGUUGCCAUAGAGAGAGCACAGAUGAAUGGUGACAUACAGGAUGAUCCUCCUGAUGAGUAUGAGAUGGAGGGGGCCCGUGGUCGUCACAGAAGAGCAGUUCGCCAGCACCAUAACAACCGCCAUCUUGCCCAGGCAUACAACGAAAUCGUUAUGAGUAUACAAGCACAGCAGGAUAUCCGCCAUUUCUACCAUGAUUUUCGUCAUGAGGUUGACCUAAUAGAUGGUGCUAGAGAUCUGCAGCAGCAAGCACGCAGCAACAGCGAACGUAUCAGUAUAGAUGGAGAUAUUUUGAGUUAUAAUUGUACAGAUGAGAGCAACCUAGUUGGCGUGUAUAUAGGAGCACAACCUCUCUCAAAAGAAAACAGCUACUUUGAAGUAGAAAUCAUUGAUACAGGAGCCUCGGGAACAAUAUCUGUGGGACUGUGUCCACUUAGAUACCCCCUCACUAAGCAACCAGGUUGGAACUCAGAUUCUGUAGCUUACCAUGGUGACGAUGGCAAAUUGUUUAAAUCAAAUGGCCAUGGUCGUCCCUAUGGGGGAAAGUUCCAGGCAGGGGACAGAGUGGGGUGUGGAGUGAAGUUUGAACAGAUGCAGGUAGAACAUGGCAAACCAAGACAAAUGGUACCAGUAUUUUUCACAAGGAAUGGCAAGGAGCUUGGCACAGUAUUAAUGUUGAUGCCACCUGAUGGUCUGUAUCCUGCAGUGGGGAUGCACUCAGAAGGGGAAGAGGUGAAGCUUAACCUAGAGGCAGAAUGGGAACACACAGAUCACAUCUCAAUGUCGAUAGACAACUAUGAAGAAGAGUGGUCACGAUUACACGAUGUUAGACUUCGAGGACAGGUCCUUGAGUAUACAGGUCGUGGUAAGAGUAUUAUAGAUGUGGGACUAGCUCAAGCCAGAUACGCACUAGACACAACUAAUCACUACUAUGAAAUAGAAGUCAUAGAUCCAGGAGAAAACUGUUACAUCGCAAUUGGAGUAGCGCGAAGGGACUAUCCCAAGUAUCGUCACCCAGGCUGGAACAAAGGUUCUGUUGCUUACCAUGCCGAUGAUGGCAAACUCUUCCUGGGGAGUGGAAUCGGAGAACCAUUUGGACCCAAGUGUUUAAAAGGAGACAUCAUGGGAUGUGGUAUACUCUUCCCAAGAGACUACAACAGUGAGGAAGACUCAGACAUAUCUCCAGAUGUUUCCCCAGAUGCUGAGGAUAAAAUAGAUGAGCUGCUGAACCUGGAGUCAGAUUACCAUAGCUCUGAUUCUGAGGAGGAGGAAGACUGGUGGGAAAAACCAAAUGCAGAGACUGGCACUAAAGUACAGGUAUUUUUUACGCGAAAUGGAAAAACAAUUGGAAGGCGUGAGAUCCGAAUUCCAAAAGGCGGCUUCUACCCAACGGUUGGAAUGCUAAGUGGAGAUGAAAGAGUUAGAGUUGACCUUCACCCUCUGACUGGGUGACCUUGACUCAGGUCAUGAUGACCUGUUCUAUGUAUCGUGGCAGUCUCCUGUUUUCUUUCAGCCUGUUCUUUCUUUGCUCCUCCCCUCUGCAGAUAUUUAAUUCCCUGGUUGUUCUAGAUACAAAAUUUCCUUUAUCUCUUCAUUACUCUAAAUAUUGUCAUUUCAAGGCAAUUAAUCAAUAAAAUGGGAUGAGUAACACAUUGUGAAUAAGAAAUAGUGUCAUCAAGGAAAUCUCUUCAUUUCAAACCAGUGAUUCAUGGUAAAACUCAAAUAAGUGCCUGUAGAGAGGAAGAAGGAACAUACUGAAUGAAAUGCUGGGAGAUUGGUAUAUUGAAUAAGCUUAGGAAGAUGCAAUAUUAGACUUUGUUGCUUCUCUGAUUCAGGGUGCUUAGUUAAGUCAUUGAAUUAGAGAAAUCGUGAUCUGAAAGCUUCAAUGUAUUUUUUAUCCUGAUGAAGCCUCCUGCCAAAUGUUAUUUAUUUUCAUGUAAAAUAUUGUACAAAUGCAAAUUAUUUUAUGUUGAACUUACAUAUGCAAAUGCUAAUAUGUAUGUUGUUAUUGCCUUAUAUCCCCAAGUCUCAACAAGUUUACUUUUCAAUUCAUAACAAUAUUUUAUUAAUCAGUCACAGAGGCUUUGUUGAAGAAUGUUGAUAUAUUAUUAUUUUAUGUACAAAACUGUAAAUUAUUUUUGUGAAAUGUAUAUAUAUCACACUUAGUAGUAAAUGGACAGUGAAUGUUUUCUUGCUUGAAGGUUUGAAUCAGUAUAUUUAUUAAAUAUUUUAACACCUUAUGGUAAAAUAUUUUUACCAUCCUCAUACUCUUUGUACAUUAUUUUGUAAUACAUUAAAAGGUGCCAAGUUUUUUUUAUUUAUUACAUUGGUGAAAGGACUAUUCUCGGUUUGGAGAACAGUCUUCUGGUCUAAUAAUUUCUUUCAUGAAAAAUAUAGAAAUA